UUCCAUGUUCACCCGCUGGCCCGGCUGCUCUCUAGGAAGCCAUGCUUGGAUCGUUAUAGCCAUGUUUCAGCUCGUCCUGGAUCUGCCCGCGUGUGAGUCCCUGGGCCCGGGCCCCGAGUUCCGGCUGCUGCCCCGGCUGCCCCACCGGCCGCCCCGCUUGUGGAGUUUUAAGAGCGGACAGCCCGCCCGGGUCCCAGCGCCCGUGUGGAGCCCCCGGCCGCCCCGCUUGGAGCGCGGUCACAGCCACGGGCAGGUGCCGAGUCCCCGGGCCCGACGGGCGCACAGACCCAGGGACGAGGUGGCCGCCGCUCUGGGGCCCAAAGCGGGGCCGGCCAAGCCCGCAGCUGCUGCCAAGUCCAGCCCUUCCCUGGGCUCCUCCUCCUCCUCCUCUGCGGCGGGCAGUGGAGCUCCCACGGACCAGCAGGCCCUGCUGCGGCGGGGGAAGAGGCACCUGCAGGGGCCCGCUUUCAACAGCUUUGACUUUCAAGGCAGCAGGCCCACCACGGAGACGGAGUUCAUUGCCUGGGGGCCCACGGGGGAGGAGGAGGCCCCGGGAUCCAAUACAUUUCCAGGCGUUUAUGGCCCCACCACGGUCUCCAUCUUCCAAACACGGAAGACAGCUGUGGCCACCGCCACGGCCACCGCCACAGCCACCACGGCCACCUCCGUGACGCUGCAGACUCAGGGGCUCACUGAGGCCCUGGACCCCAGGAGUGGGAAACCGGUUGGGGUAAGCACGGCGGAGCCUUCCAGCAGUCCCAGCAGAGACAGUGGCAAAGUCAGCAAGCCCCCGCGGGUUCUGGGGGAGACCUCAGGUUUGGCGGUCCAUCAGAUCAUCACCAUCACCGUCUCCCUCAUCAUGGUCAUAGCUGCUCUGAUUACAACUCUUGUCUUAAAAAACUGCUGCGCCCAGAGCGGGAACCCUCGUAGGAACAGCCACCAGCGGAAGGCGAACCAUCAGGAGGAGAGCUGCCAGAACCUGACGGACUUCACGUCCGCCCGGGUGCCCAGCAGCCUGGACAUCUUCACGGCCUAUAGCGAGACCCUCCAGUGUUCGCACGAGUGUGUCCGGGCGUCCGUGCCCGUGUACACCGACGAGACGCUGCACCCAGCCGGGGAGUACAAAUCCACGUUUAACGGGAACCGACCCUCUUCUUCUGAUCGGCAUCUUAUUCCUGUGGCCUUUGUGUCUGAGAAAUGGUUUGAAAUCUCCUGCUGACUGGCCGAAGGCUUUUUUACCUCCUGGGGGCAGGGCAGACGCCAUGUGUCUGUUUUAUGGAUUCCGUUGGUGAACCUGUAAAAAAAAAAAAAAAAAAAAAAAAAAAAAAAAAA